AUGAAAGAGGGGCCAGUGAACAUCUAUGUGGACGCUGUGAUCAACCACAUGUGUGGAGCUGGUGGUGGAGAGGGUAAACACUCCAGCUGUGGCUCAUACUUCAAUGCCAACACAAAAGACUUCCCUUCAGUUCCUUACUCAGCCUGGGACUUCAAUGAUGGAAAAUGCUACACCAGCAGUGGAAACAUCGAGAACUAUAACGAUGUUAACCAAGACUAUGUGCGCGGUAAGGUGGCCGAGUACAUGAACAAGCUUAUCGACAUGGGUGUUGCUGGGUUCAGAGUGGACGCCUGCAAGCACAUGUGGCCUGGUGACCUUAGCGCAGUUUAUGGACGUCUCAAAACUCUCAACACCAAAUGGUUCUCUUCUGGCUCCAAACCCUUCAUCUUCCAAGAGGUCAUUGAUCUCGGUGGUGAGCCCAUCAAAGCAUCUGAAUACACGGGAUUGGGAAGGGUGACUGAGUUCAAGUAUGGUGCCAAGCUGGGUAACGUUAUUUGCAAAUGGAACGGCGAAAAGCUGAGCUACUUGUCCAACUGGGAGGAGGGCUGGGGUUUCAUGCCCACUGGUAAGGCCCUGGCAUUUGUUGACAACCACGAUAAUCAGAGAGGCCACAGAGCUGGAAGUGCAUCCAUUGUGAUAUUCUGGGAUUCCAGGAUCAGAAUGACUGGAUUGGACCACCCAGCAAUGGCGAUGGCUCAACCAAGCCUGUGCCCAUCAAUCCAGACUCUACCUGUGGAGAUGGCUGGAAACAUGGUGAUUUUCCGAAAUGUGGUCAAUGGACAGACUUUAUCCAACUGGUGGAGCAAUGGUGGUAACCAGAUUGCGUUUGGCCGUGGCAGCCAUGGUUUCAUUGUCAUCAAUAAUGAUGACUGGGCCCUGGAUGCAACUCUGAACACCGGUUUGCCUGGAGGAACCUACUGUGAUGUGAUCUCUGGCCAGAAGGAGGGAAGCAAAUGCACUGGAAAGCAGGUUCAGGUUGGAGGAGAUGGACGUGCCUAUUUCAAAAUCAGCAACUCAGAAGAAGAUCCAUUUAUCGCUAUCCAUGCUGACUCUAAACUUUAAAUUAAU